GUGAGAGAGAGAGAGAGAGAGAGAGAGAGAGAGAGAUGGCGGGGUUGGGCAUGGGGGCGUUCUGGGGGACGCGGGUGAUGGAAGUGGUGAAGCGGAACAACUCGCCGGGACUCCUCUGGAAGCGCAUCAAGCUCACCGGUACCCGCAAGAACAAUGCCAAGAAGCGCCUUCGCCGAAUCUGGCAGAAUGAGGCAGUAAUAAGGGCUUGUGCUGAUCCACCAGCUUCCGAGACAUCAACUACUGCAUCCAGUGUUGGGGGAGGUCAUCAAUAAGUGUUAGAUAAGCCUGCCAACAAUUCUCUUUCAUGGUUGCACGCUUCCUCUUAUUGAAUAUGUUUCUUUCCAAAAUUUUGCCAAAUGAAGGGGUGUUUGUAUCUGAUAACUUGUCUAGCUUAAAUGACUUUAAUGUAUUGGACCAUUUACAUCUGGAAUCUUUCUUGGUGCAAUUGUGCUGUUUUUUUUUGGGAUUAA